UAAUUGCUACCGUGCUACUUGGUCCGGCUACACGUUGAAUCAAACGCAAAUAUUAAACCUUAGUUGAAUAUUCGACAGUUAGUUAUUACUUAUCGACUCAGGAAGAAUGGGUGACACUCCGAGACGUUUAUUGCAGCGGCUAAUAAGGCGAAUACCGGCGCAGGAGCUGAAACCAACUCUGGAAAAAUGGGGCCGUUUGAGUCAAGCUCAGCUACAAACCAUAGACUUUACACAAUCAAAAUGGGCGUUAACGGGCAAACUGGGCACUAUUUGUGAGGAAAGAAACUGGGCCGUUAAACACAUCACAGAACUCGAGUUGAUAUAUGUCAUUGACAAUCCUAACUUGGGGAUGUGGCAUACGUUCCAGCUCAUGGACCCUAGAGAUAAUGCGCACACUGUAGAGCUGUUGCAAUUUAAGGAACAGUUUAAAUCCAAUCUCAGUGAACUCAUAAGAAAUGUGUCUGUCAAAAUUAAGAAGCACACAGAUGAAGCAGUAUGGAUUCGGAUUGCUUGGGGUGACGGUCUCUCUCAGCCAAACCACUUCAAACCAACAUAUGUUGUUCACUAUCUUCAAACUCCCUAUGUCUUUGUGACCAGCUUGAAUUCAAAGCAGAAGCCCCUGUUAUCCCAGGCCUUGGUUCUUGCCACCAGUUACCAUGCUAUAAAGGAUGCUAACCUCAGCGGCCGGAAAUUCACUGCCAUCAGGGAUCUGCUGAUGAGGCAAUAUGAACAGGUUUUUCCCAGAAAGUUUCACAGCCCUUUGAAAGAGAGGAAUCAGAUUGUCACAGACCCGCACAUAGAACGAGAACAGGCCGAGUCAUCUGCAAAUAGACUUCAAAUGGCUUGUGAGGCCUUUGGUGGUGGAAAGUUACCUCAGUUACAGUCUGCAGUUUACAAGCUGGAGACUAAAUUCAGGGGCCACAACAAGAGCAUGACACAGCGGGAGGAGCCCAUCAGAUGUGUUGUCAAGUUUGCAAGCACCAACAUACUGGAGUCCCUCAGAAACUGUGCAUCUUCAGGGAUCGCGUCCACCCCUGUCACUCCCCUGCUCUCAUCUAUUCCUCUAAAAGGAAGGAAUUAUUUUGUCAUCACAGACAACGGACCUGGACCAUCACAAACACGACAGCAGAACUGACCUGUGACCUGACAAAGACCCUUGACUUGAAGGCUCUGUGUUUAUUUUAUAUUUAAUGCACUAAUUGUAUGAGGACACCAUACAGGUGGUCACAUUGCUAUGAACUUCACUCUGGAGACCCUGGAUAUCCUAAUCACUGCAUAUGCUUUACUGUUUUCAGCUGUAAAUAUUUUAGUUGGAUGUAAAUUGUUUGUGUAUUAUAUUGUCAAAAUAAACAUAA